AUGAAGUCAAACACUUCAUCACUUUCUCCUGGAACCAGUCUUGCCUCUGCUGAAUCUUUAUCCAUGCCUCUUUUCCAGGAAGUUGUUCUCUCUGCUGAUAUAGGAUGUACUGAAUGCCAAGAGAGACUUGCAGACAUGAUGUCAAAAUUGGGUGAGAUAGAGUCUGUUGUGGUGAACGCAUUGGAGAAGAAGGUUACACUCAUUUGCAGAUAUCCCAGAGUAGCCAAAGUACCGGCCCGUCCGCUAGUUGCUGCUGUUUACAGGAACCCUCUAAACAAAUUUGCCUUGAUUAAACGGAUAUUUCGUUCUUCCUCGAGUUGA